GGGGCGGCCCGAGCGCCGCCCCGCGCGACGGCUUCCCAGUGCGCCGGGCGUCUCGCUCGUCUGCUCCGCCGCCACCAGCUGCUGCCUGCGUCCGCGCCCGGCAUGGCUGGCAAAGCGCACAGGCUAAGUGCUGAGGAGAGGGACCAGCUGCUGCCAAACCUGCGGGCCGUGGGGUGGAACGAGCUGGAAGGCCGGGAUGCCAUCUUCAAGCAGUUCCAUUUCAAAGACUUCAAUCGGGCUUUUGGCUUCAUGACAAGAGUGGCUCUUCAGGCUGAGAAAUUGGACCACCAUCCUGAAUGGUUUAACGUGUACAACAAGUCCUAGACUCCCAGGCCUCUACACUGCUUCAGAUGCACAACAGGAAUUUUCAGUUAUCCCAAGUGAGUUUCUAAGGAAUCUACACGUAGACUUUCUGCAAAGAUACAAGGCAUGAACUGAAUGAACUUCACUGCUUUCCUAGGAGAUCUGGGAAAUCCAAUUUCCUUGGCCAGAAGGUGCUUUCAACAGCCAAAGAAUGUGUCUGUACCUUUUUUGGGUAUUUAUUAUAUGAUGCCUUGCAUCUUUACUAAUUGUUUUUGCUUAGGUUGCAUCCCUAAGUGCCUAGCACUGAGGUCAACACUCUGUAAAUGUCUGGGACAAAACCCACUAUCUAAGACACAGACUGACUAAGACAAAGGGACUGAAACCACUGUUACUUUUUGUUUAAAUUUUGGAGUAUUUCCUUUCAGUCCUGAGAUCUUACUGUAUGUACAAUGUCAUACCCUCUUCUCAUUUACAGCAUUUUCUACAUUAUUAAAAAUUCUUCCUAAACGUAUUUUUCAGUGUUACCACAGUAGUCCAUCAAAUGAGCGUAACUUACUGUUGGAUAGUUAAGCUGCUUGUUAUUUGAUUAUUUCUAACAAUGUUAAAGCUGUAAAGAUUCAGAACCACUUCCUUAUUUAACAGAUGAAGUAAUGAAUUAAUGAGCUAGAAAGAGGUCUAGAAAUCAGCAAGCUGAGUCAGGUGUCCAAAAGUACAUUGAUGUGACCACAGGUGGAGGAGAAAAGAGUAAACGAAUUUUGUGGAAGUUGUGAGAUAAUAUGGUAUAGGGUAAAAAGAAGAAAAUACAGACCAGAGAUGGAGAAAUUGAGAAUGAAAAGAUUAUAUGGUCAAGACCUAAAAAGAUAAUCUCAAAAGCAAAAUUUCCCAGAGGUACAGGAAAAGAAAGUAACGAGAAUGUGUUAAGGUAAUACAAUAAGAAAUGCCAGUGUAAGAACGACAAUGCUUGGCUCUUUACAGUUUACAAAUUCCUUUCACACCACUUAUGCCACUCGAUCCUCCCAUUUUACUGCGAGGAAACAGGCCAACAGGCUUAAGGGUGUUGCCCAAGGUGCCAUGGCUAGAAACCUCCUCCUACCACAGAACUCAGAUUUCUGUUGAUGAACUGCAGACAGUCCCACAGUUUAAGUCAACAUGAGCUAGUAAGGAUGGAGCAGGAUUAAAGGAGAGAUCACACCUUAGAGGGUUCCAGCCCUGCCCGGCCCCACCCUCCUGCCACCUCCAGUUCUUAUCUACCCGUGUCUGUCCUGUGUUCCGCAAUUACCCUCCCCCCUCAGAAGGGUACCCGGAAUUUGAAGAUCAGCAAAAUUUAUCACUAGACGGACCUUAGACUCCUCUAAGGCAACAUACUAAAAGUGACUGGAUGUUCAGUAAUACGUGGAAUACUUCUACAUGAGCAAGGUGCUGAAGAAAUCGGCAGUUCUAUCAAAAUUACCUCCGAUCUCUGGCGGGAAGACAUUUCUAUCUGUGUCUAAAAUUCAAGUUGGAAGUUACAAAAUAAAAAAUGUGUUGUGUGUGUAUAUGUAUUAAAGCAAUAUGAAAUUGCCAAUAUUCAACAAUUUUUGACCGACAAAAACUACAUUUUAUAUGAUUCAAGCAGAUUCAGAUACAGAAAGAGAUACAGAUACAUAAAUGGUGGUUAUCUCUAGGUAAUAAGAUUUGAAUUUUUUUCUUAUGGUUUAGCUACAUUGCCUAAUUUUAUACAAUGAACAUGUACUGCUUUUAUAAUAAGAAAAAAUGUUAUUAAAAAUAAAACAACCACAAUGGCUUGGAGUUCACGAAGAUUCAGAUGCCACAUACCAUUAACACACUGCUCCUGUUAAUUUUCUCAUCGUGUACUCAGAAGCCAGCACAUUCUUUUUUGAACGCUAAAGGCAAGUAAGUACCUGAGACCUACGACGGCUUGCUUCAACUACCGGUUAAGCAAAAUGCACACGGGCACCGAGGACUGCACAAUGGAAAACAGAAGUGAAAACCUAAAGCUAAUACUAAUCACAGCAAAGAAAUAUAAACCUCAAGAUCUCUGGCCUUAGUUUGGAUUUACAAAUGCACCAUCUUAAAAGGAAAGGUACACAGAAUGGUGGCUGCCAGGAGCCGGGGAGAGGGAGUCGUGGGAGGUUUGUGUUUAAUGGGUACAGAGCUUACAAUGAUGAGAGAGUCCUAGAGAAGGACGGUGGGGAUGGCUGCACAGCAAUGUGAAUGCACCUAAUGCCACUGAACUGUCCACUUAAA